AUGACUGUCAUAGUUACACUAGAGUUCAAGUCAGUUGACUGCAGUCAUGUGCUAUUCUAUGUCACAGCCAGAAGUCAGAUGACUGUCAUGCAUGACGACAUGACAUCUAAUCCUCCUUACAAUGACAAGUUUUUAAACUUUCAUCCACCAGAUGACAAGUUUUUAAACUUUCAUCCACCAGAUGACAAGUUUUUAAACUUUCAUCCACCAGAUGACAAGUUUUUAAACUAUCAUCCCCCAGAUGACAAGUUUUUAAACUUUCAUCCACCAGAUGACAAGUUUUUAAACUUUCAUCCACCAGAUGACAAGUUUUUAAACUUUCAUCCACCAGAUGACAAGUUUUUAAACUUUCAUCCACCAGAUGACAAGUUUUUAAACUUUCAUCCACCAGAUGACAAGUUUUUAAACUUUCAUCCACCAGAUGACAAGUUUUUAAACUAUCAUCCCCCAGAUGACAAGUUUUUAAACUUUCAUCCACCAGAUGACAAGUUUUUAAACUUUCAUCCACCAGAUGACAAGUUUUUAAACUUUCAUCCACCAGAUGACAAGUUUUUAAACUUUCAUCCACCAGAUGACAAGUUUUUAAACUUUCAGCCACCAGAUGACACGUUCUAA